AUGUUGAGCCAUGAAAACGAACAAGAUCCGGUUGAGAACUCGGCCAGCGGCAACCAACUUCCCAAUGAGCGUCCGACCAAGGUCCUGAACGAUGGAUUUGACGUGAGUUUUUGGGUGGUUUUCGCGAUUUUUUAGGAUUUUUUACGUUUUUUUGAAAGUUUUGAGGGGAUUUUCAUACUUUUCGAUUUUUUUCUGGAUUUUCGAGGAAUUCUAGGAAUAUUUCCCCGUAUUUUAGCUGAUGACCGACUCCACGUCCACUCAAAGCUUCCAUGCGGGCGGCAUGGACCAAUGCAACGGAUUCAUGAGACCUAUGGGCGGUCAGUCGGCUCGUGUUAACCCGUCGAUGAUGAAGGCCGGCUAUUUGGCGUCGGUAGGUGAUUUUGCAGAGCUGGAGACGUUUUUAGCUUAUUGUGGAUAAAUUUCUUGAAAUGGGUCAAGUCGUACCCUCGAAUAAGACAGUUUCGGCUUUGGAGAGGAAGACUUGACCCGUUUGGAAGUUUAGCGGGUGGAACGGAAGUUUAGGCUCAGAAUAGUUAGAAGACAUCAUUUUAAGACAGUUAGAAGUCAAGCUUCUGCUUUUGAAGUCGUGAGACGGAUUUUGGAAUACCAUGAAAGACUUUGAGUCAAGUCUUCCCCUCAAAAAUGAUUUUCUCUUUUAAAGGAAGAGUUGACCCAUUUUGUCAUCAGCAGUUAUUUCGCGCUGAUUUUAGACGUUUUAAAAUCAAUUUUUCUCCGUGAGGCCACGAUUUUAGCAUAUUAUUCUUGAAUUUCAGCGCGCGAAACCCCUUCCGGAUCAUCUCGAACCCGCCAGACAUGCCGGAGAAUGGCGUGCCUCCGAUUCGCACGAAAAGGGAUCCUACUGGCGGUUGGUCACCGCUCCGAAGCCAUUGAGGGGAUUUGGGAUUGGCGCCAUGAUCGCCCCGCACAAUGCAACUAGGCCUGUCUUGGCAAUGGGAAGACAGCCGGUUAGAACGGUCUGGAUGCCGGUAAACGGACUGUCCCACUCUUCGUCGUUGAGCACGCUGUGAGUUGAGGAGAGACGGAUUUUUUCUGGCAACAUUUUUUUUUCCGAGCUGCGCCCUCAACUUGUUUUUUUUUGUUCUUGUUUUGCAGCGAUUCGGACGUUGAUGACGAACGCCAUUUUGUCCGCCGCUUCGACGACCCGCCCUGCUCGUUGCCGUGCCUCCAGCGAAUCCUCAACAGUCUGCCGUCGGGCCGCUACGGCAUCUGCCCGCUUCAUGAGCGCGUGAUUCCCCACCCGAGGCCUCCGCCCACGAUUCCAAUGGGCGAACCGAGGGCGCGGGUCCGAUGCAAACCCCUGAACGCGAUCUCACCCAUCUUUUUCCAUGUCCAUCGACGUUUCGAUUUGCCGUGAGUCGAGGAUUUUGGAGGUUUUUUUUUUGUUUUUGAAGUGGUUUUUAGUUGACGGAAAUUUGAGAUUUGAAUUUUUAGGAAAUUGGGCUUCCUCAGAGACUUGCUGGACGCGCAGGAAGAGAAGAUUCAGAGAUAUGUGGUCCAUUAUGUAAGCGGUUUGAGUGAUUUUGGCGAUUUUUGGGGUAUCGACCGGUCGAAAAAUGUUUUGGGAAAAGUUGCGUAAGAACAAAAAAAAUUGGUCAUAGUGCGAAAUAAGAGGUUUUUUGGUAUUGUCAUGAAGUUCAUGGACAUUUUUUCGCUUUCGCACAAUGGAUUUCUGUGUAAAUUUAUGGCGCCGACGCACUUUAUGCACAGUGCGAAAGGGGAAAUAUGUCCAUAAACUUUACGAAAAUACUAAUAGAACCUUUUAUUUUGCAUUAGGACCAAUUUUUUGGUUCUUACGCAACUUUUUCCGAAAUUUUUUUCGACCGGUCGAUCCUCUAAUAUUUGACCGCGAAGAGUAUAUUCUAGUAUAUUGAUCACGGAUUUGACAUUUAACUUACGUUUUGGCCAUUGAAAAUAAAUUUUUUAGCCAGUACAAGGUGGCUACGCGGUCUGCCGCCAUCAAGGCCAACUCCAUCGAUGUCGCAUCAACACGGUGGGGAUGGAGAUGCUCCAAGUGGACCUUAUUGACAUUGGCUCGUCGGCGAUUGUCCCCCACGAAGAGUUGUUCACCAUGCCGACGGAUUUGGCCUCGUUUUCGGCCCCGCUUUCGUUCAAAUGCUCGUUGAUUGGUGGGUUGGUAUGUUUUGGCUUGAUUUUCGAAAUUUUAGAGCAAGACACUCGCUUGUUGGACUUUAAAUCCACUUCCACUUUCAAGGAUCUCAUCAUGGGAACUUUGGAUAUUGUUUUGGAAGGUAAUUUUUGAUUUUUUUUUUGUUCUUACGCAAGUUUAGGAUUUUUUAAAACGAGAUUUUUUGAGUAUUUAGAGGUACAGGCUGGCGUGUUUAUAGUUUUAGUAGUAUUUGCGGGCGUGUUAUAGUUUUUUUUUCUGAUUUUUUCGUGGAAAAAAUUUGAAUUUUUUCAAAAAUAGAUUUGAUGAAAAAAUAAAAAAAAAUUGUUUGAAAAUGGACGGAAAUUGUAGGCAGAGGUGUAUAAAGGCCUCUAUAACUAACACUGACCCCAGAAGGAGCAAGAUUUUUCAAAAAACCAUCGUUUUUUUUAUCUAAAGUAUCAUUUUUUAUACCUACAGUAACAUUCCGAAAAAUUUCGCCUCAAAUUUUUUUCUGAUCCCCAAAAAUUUUUUAGUCCAUGGAACGAUCACCCCCGAAGGCAAGCACCUCGUCCGCCUCAUCCAUCCCGCUCCGCCGGAAAAGCCGAAGGAUCCGUUUGUGGGCCGCGGGACCCGCAAUCGCAAGCCCAAAAUGCGCAUGCAACGCUGCGACGACACGGACGAGAAUUCCGAAGCCGAAGACUUUUCCAACUCGGUGGCGGGUUUCCGCAACUCUGACGACGAAUUUGACGGCACCGCGGAUUAUCGACGCAUCGAAUAUCAGCCGAAAAAUGAUGCAAACUUGUGGUUUUAG